AUGUUGACAUCAAGAUUAGCCAGAAAUAGAAUACUGAGAACGAUUCCAAGCAUCCGCUUGAGCAAGACGUAUUUACCCGUUACUACGAAAUGUUUGUCACAACCACAAUACAAGCGUCCAUUCACUCCGCAUGCACAGCAGGUGCUGGCACCGCCUUUCGUAUCGAUCCAUCACAAUGUAGGUCACACUUCGCAAAUCAGAGGUUUCCAUUCAUCCGCUCCUAGAUCAUUGCAGAUGCAGCAAAACCCGGAUGACCAGGACAAUAGACCGGCAUUGGAAAAGUAUGGUACCGAUCUUACUCAACUAGCAAAAGACGGUAAAUUGGACCCUGUCCUUGGACGUGAUGAAGAAAUUCGCCGUACGAUACAGAUUCUAUCACGAAGGACCAAGAAUAAUCCAAUAUUGGUUGGUAAGGCAGGUGUUGGUAAAACGGCAAUAAUGGAGGGAUUAGCUCAACGAAUCAUCAAAGGCGAAGUCCCAGAAUCAAUGAAGGACAAACAUAUCAUUACUUUGGAUUUGGCCGGGAUAAUAAGUGGCGCUAAAUUCAGAGGUGACUUUGAAAGCAAGUUGAAAUCAAUUUUGAAAGAAGUUGAGGACAAACAUGGCCAAGUUAUUCUAUUCAUCGACGAAUUUCAUUUGUUGAUGGGAUUGGGUAAAGCUGAAGGAUCCAUUGAUGCUAGCAAUAUGAUCAAGCCUGCUCUAGCUAGGGGCCAAUUAUCAAUGUGUGGUGCUACUACUCUUGACGAGUACAGAAAGUAUGUGGAAAAAGAUGCUGCUUUGGCUAGAAGAUUCUCACCGGUUCAGGUUAGUGAACCUACCGUUGAAGACACGAUAUCCAUCCUUAGGGGCUUGAAGGAAAAAUACGAAGUUCAUCACGGUGUUAGAAUCUUGGACUCGGCAUUGGUGACAGCUGCCACUUAUUCCAACAGGUACAUAACUGACAGGUUUUUGCCCGAUAAAGCAAUAGACUUGGUGGAUGAGGCAAGUUCUACGUUGAGGUUGCAGCACGAGUCAAGACCAGACGCUAUAGCCAAAUUGGAUCGACAGAUCAUGACUAUUGAAAUUGAGUUGGAAUCCUUGAGAAAGGAGGAAGAUCAGCUCUCUAAAGAUAGAAGAGUCAAGCUAGAAGAGGAUUUGGAGGUGAAGAAGAAGGACCUUGAUGAGUUGACGAAACAAUGGGAGUCUGAGAAAAAAGUCAUUGAUGACGUGAAGGAAGCUAAAGCAAAGUUGGAGGAAGCUCGUCACGAGUUAGAUCUGAGCCAAAGAGACGGAGACUAUGCCACUGCUUCGAAGAUACAGUACGCUGUCAUUCCUGAAUUGCAAUCAAAGUUACUCAAGUUGACUCAGUCAGAACAAGCUUCGAGAUCUAGUACUCUUUUGCAUGAUUCGGUAACGUCAGAUGAUAUUGCUGGAGUCAUUUCCAAAAUGACGGGUAUUCCAGUCAGCAAUUUGUUAAAAGGUGACAAAGACAAGCUUUUGGAUAUGGAGGUUAUUUUGAAACAAGAAGUUGUGGGUCAAGACGAAGCUAUUCACGCUGUUUCAGAUGCAGUUAGGUUGCAAAGAGCAGGGUUGACGAAUGAAAACAGACCGAUUGCUUCAUUCAUGUUCCUUGGUCCAACUGGUUGUGGUAAGACUGCUUUAACGAAAGCAUUGGCAGAGUUUUUAUUCAAUGAUGAAAAUGCCAUUGUCAGAUUUGAUAUGUCAGAGUUCCAAGAAAAGCAUUCAAUCCUGAGGUUGCUUUCUGCUCCACCCGGCUAUGUUGGUUAUGAAGAAGGUGGUGAAUUGACGGAAGCAGUUCGAAGAAAACCAUACAGCAUAGUCUUGUUUGAUGAAUUUGAAAAAGCACAUCCAGAUAUUGCAAAAGUGUUGUUGCAAGUGUUGGAUGAAGGUUCUUUGACAGAUUCCCAUGGUACAAAGGUCAGUUUCAAAAACACAAUCAUCAUAAUGACCUCAAACAUUGGUCAAGAUAUUUUGUUGAAUGACAAAAACACGCACGAUGAUGGACAUAUCAAUAAAGAAGUCAAACAACAGGUAUUGGACAAUUUGAAGCAAUACUAUCCACCUGAAUUCUUGAAUCGUUUGGACGACACCUUGGUAUUCAACAGAUUGUCAAAGAAGUCGUUGAAAGAUAUUUUGGAUAUCAGAUUGCGUGAGAUUGAUGACCGUUUAUUGGACAAACGUAUUGUUUUGGAAUUGACCCAGGAAGCUAAAGACGCAUUGAUUGAACAAGGAUACAGUCCAGUAUAUGGUGCAAGACCUUUGAAUAGAGUUAUUCAAAAGAAGUUGUUGAAUCCGCUUGCUAUGCUUAUGUUGAAGGGACAGAUCCAAGAGGGAGAGAUUGCAAAGGUUGAGGUGAAGAACAAGGAUGUUUAUGUUGUACCAAACCACAGCGAAGACUCGGUGAUAAAAGAGGAAGAGGAUUAUUAUAAGAAGAAAGAGAAGGAAGAAUAA